AUGGCUCGCGGGAGAGGGCGUCCAAAGAAGAAGGUUCCGUCUCCGAUGCUUGCGAAUGUUUUGAAGCAGAGUGGAAGAACAAAUGAUUCAGAGAGAAGCCCAACGAUUGAGCAUGAAGUUGAAUCGAAUGCGACGGUGGAAGAGGAAAAAAUCCCAACCCUAGAUGUUAUUGAGGAUGAUCCGGUGGUAAAUCAGAAGAUUGUUGAGGAACCGAAGAAAUUAUGGGUAGAUGUAAUCAGUGGAAACAGAAUCCCGUCCAAUGGAGCUGCCAUUGAGUAUUUUGCCCCGAAGGUAGUGGAAGGUGAAAUAGAAGUGGAGAUUGAAGAAGAAGACAUCCUAUCUGAGCUCAAAUACUGGGAAACGACUUUGAUAAUGUAUGUUUUGGGUAGGGAGUUGAGCAUGAACGCGGUUAAACAGUAUAUGAUGAAGUUUUGGAGUUUUGUUCAACUGCCAGAGAUGUACUAUCAUGAAGAUGGGUAUUUUAUGUUGAAAUUUCAAACGCACAAAGAUAAGGACAUGGUCUUGAUGAAGGGCCCUUAUACCAUUCAGAAUAUGCCAAUGGUGCUAAAAGACUGGAACCCUGAGUUUGAUUUCAAAAGAGAUAUGCUGCGCACAUUGCCGGUUUGGGUGAAACUUCCCAAUCUUCCUCUAUAUCUAUGGGGUACCAAAAGUCUUGGAAAAAUUGGGAGUGCUCUUGGUAACCCUCUAUUUACAGACGAAUGUACGGCAAACAAAUUGCGAGUUUCAUACGCCCGAAUCUUGGUAGAGAUAGAUGUAACACAAAAGCAAAGGGAGAAUAUCACGAUAAGAGACAAGGAAGGGAACAAAAUCACACAGCCAGUUGAGUUCGAAUGGAAGCCUAAGUUCUGUGAACUGUGUCAGAAGGCCGGACAUCAGUGCAAGGAGAAACCUAAUAAACAAUGGCGUGAGAAACCAAAAUCUGAAGUGAUAGUCAAGAAUGCCAAACAAAAGACGGUAGAGAGAGCCAGGAAUAACCCCGGUGAACCAGAAUCAUCAUCUUGGACAAAUGUUAAAAGCAGCAGUAGGAAUAAAGGAAAAAUGGAAGAAACUAUCCAUGAAGUUAGGUGUCAAAAUGGUUUUGAUGUUUUCAAGAUUGGGGGUCUUGAAGACAUUCUCAACACGGGAACAUGA